GUUUCUUUCGUUCAUUUUUCUGACAUACUGUCUCGGAAUUUCUCUCACGAACGCGAUCCUGGCGGUAAAUGACUGCUACGAUUUGCUCGAAAUGUACCUAAUAAUAACGUAACGAGAAGCAAAUCUUUUGGCAUCUUGGUCACCGAUUUUUAUAGGUUGGGUACAUAUCGGAGUAAUCCGAAUAGAAGGGAAAGUACGUAAUGAUAGUCUGUUAAAGAGAAAGGAACGAGGACUGUGCAGUCCAACGAAGAUGUGCGAAGAUGACUUGGCCACUUUCGAAAUAAUGUUUCGUUCACGUUUGAAAUAUUAUUUCGAAUAAUCAUGCUGCCUUGUUUCACGGGUUAUCUUGGUUUUUCGAACACUUACGUUAUUUCGUUUCAGGAGAUAAAUUCGCAGAAUGGCUCGUGGUCAGCAAAAGAUUCAAUCGCAGGCUAAAGCUGCGGAAAAAGCUGCAAAGGCAAAGAAACAGCAGGGACACAGUGCCACUGACCAAAAAAAGGCAGCUCAAAAAGCUUUAGUACACGUAUGCUUGGUGUGCAAGGCACAGAUGCCAGACCCAAAGACUUACAAGCAACACUUUGAAAACAAGCACCCUAAGAAUGACUUACCAGAUGACUUGAAAAAUAUAUGAGGGUAGGACCUUUUGUAAGGGUGCAGAGCAGAAGUUUAAGAAAAAAAAAAAGAAGUUACUGCGAAUGAGAAAAGUGAUACAAUUCGACACACAACCAGUCAUUACAUAGUCUCAAAGAAAAAAAUUAAUUGAACCUUGUUAGUGUUAAAAAUGAACUAUUGCACGUUUAAGAAAUGAAUUUUCGUGCACAACCCCAAAUUAUAAUGACAUUACCAAGACUCGUUCGCAAGGCGGAACUUUCAUUUUCUUCCAAAGAUGUCAAGCAUUCUUCGUCUAAUCCACGAGCACUAAGUUUUCACUUAAGCAUAAAAGUAAAUGAAUAUGUAUAUUGCUAACGAAUAAAGUUUAAUCGAUUUAGCAGAAUAAUUCUAAAUAUUUAUAUGUACUUCAAUGUCGUAGGCAGAAAAGCAGCGUUAAUUACUUCGUUUUUCUAUAACUAGAGAAGAAAGAUCCUGAUGCAAAUGCCAAAAAGAAACGAUGAGGAAUAAGACAAAAUCAAUUGUACGGCGAAUACAAAUGUCUUUUGUACCGUAUUACUAGAUUACGAAAGUAAUCGUAGCUAUAGAGAUUCUCGAAUUAACGAUUUAGAUAGACGCAAUUCGUUCGAAUUGCACAGUUCUCGAGCAUUAAAAUGUUGUGAAUAGUAAAAGAGAAGAUAAUUUACGAGGAACUGCCAUUUUACUAUGUCUCUGCCAAUUGUUUUGUUACAUAAGAUUAUUCUGUGACUAAAACAUUGUAUCGUAUAACGGUCAGAAACGUUUGACCAUUUGCCUUGGACUCUGCCCUUAUUUUCACAGACUUACUCGUUCGCGGACGAACAUGAGUGUAACGAGGAAUUUUGUUUUUAUACUAUCAAAACUUAGUACUUCAACUUGUUUUGUUCUUCGAUACUGAGAAUAAUCGAUUUGUUCAAUUUUGUUUCUUUCUUACGUGGAUUUAUUUCGUUAAAUAUAUAUACCGCAUUGUACAUUUGCUUCCAUGCACCGAAAACAAAUCUAUGACAAUGCUGAACUGCACAAUCCGAUCUAUUAGUGUUUGGUACAGAAUCUGUUAUUCUCGGAUUCAUAGCUAUCUAUACCGUAAUAUACUGUGUCGCGAGGUAUGCUUACUUACGACCACAGAAUUUACAUUACAAAUGCAUUGAUCGGCGUUCGGUAUCGACGAGGUUUAUAGAAACUCGUAGCAUAUGUCAAGGUUAGAUAUAAGUACGCCACUUAUGUAAUUUGUUUUGACAAAAUAAUUAUAGAAUUUUACACCACAAACUGUGAUUAUACAUAUUAUUUAACCAAAAUGAUUUCUAGUCAUUCUGGAACGAUGUUCAAACCCAUGAGUCGAUGACGUAAAUGAGUCUAAUGUAUUUUUAUAUACCGUCAUAAUUCCUGGUACUGUGAUUAUACAUAGUAAACGAAUAACUGUGUUGAUAAAUAAAAUUCGACGUUUUUCGUUCGAUUUUUGGUAAAAGUAUUUCAUAAAAAUUGUUUGAAAAAUAAACGAUUUAUUUCUUG